CAUACGGGAGGUGGGUUCCUGUUGGCAUACCAGCGAUCCCAAGAAAAGGUCUUUCAUCUAUUCCAACCACCUUCAAGAAGCCCUCUCUCUCUCUUUCUCUGCAUUACUAGUACUCCAACACCUUUUCUUGUGCUUGGGUUCUUGCAGAGAACUCUUUCGUUUCUUCUGAGUGUGUUCUUGGUUCGGAGGCCUGCUUAGAAUGGCGGACACAGGACCAGGGAGCGAGAAGGAGAGCUCAAGUGAAAAAGCAGUUCCUGUAACUGAAUCGGAAGUUACGGGAUUGGAUGUUCCUGAAGAAGACAGUCGAGCUCUUCAUUCUCAACCUGCGAGCAUGCCAGUCUCACAUGCUGUAACUGAAUCAGAGGGCACUGGGAUUGGAGGAAGGGAAAAUAUAGCAGAUGAGUCCCAAAAAACCAAGUCAGAAGCUAUUAAGAAGGAAAGCCAAGUGAAUAAUGAUGUAAACGAGCCAUCAACAGAAGAACAAAAUUCAGCAGAUGAGACCUUGCUGUUGCUGGUUAGGGAUGAAGACCAGAAACUGGAACUAGAAGCUGCAACAGUGGAGGUGUCCGGUGCACAACAGAAGCUGAAAGAUCCACUGGAUGAGAAGCAAGCUGUAAAUGAGAGCACCACUAAAGCUUCUUCCACAUUGCAGGAUAACAAUGAUUCUAUGGGUCUCACAGAAGAAGGUCAGGAAGAGGAAGUAACUGAUGCUGAAGUUCUCAAAGAAGAAUGCCAAGCUCCUCAGAAUCAGCCAGAGUAUAGGUCAGUCUCACAUGCUGUAAUUGAGACAGAAGGUUCUGAGAUUGGAAGUGGGGAAAGCGUAGCAGACAAAUGCACACAGAAUACAUCAGAAACUAUCGAGAAUGAAAGCCAAGCAAAUAAUGAUUCAAAGGAGCUGUCGCCAGAAGCAAAAGAUUCACCAGAUGAGAACAUCCUGUUGCUGGUUAAAGAUGAAGAUCCGAAACCGGAACUAGAUGCUGUAGCAACAGGGAUAUUCAGUACACAAGAGAAGCUGCAUCUGGAUGAGAAGCAGGCUGUGAAUGAGAGUGCUACCGAAGAUGCUUCCAUAAUGCAGGUUGAACCUGAUAGCAUAGGUAUCACCACAGAGACCCAGAAAGAGGAAGCAGCAAAUGCUGAGGUGGUGAAAGAAGACUGCCAAGUUCUUCAGAAUCAGCCUGAGGGCACACUAGUCUCACAUAGUGAGACUGAAUUGGAGAGUUCUGAGACUGGACAAGGCCAAGAAGGAAUGAUGCAACCUCAGUUAUCCUCCUCAGAAAAGUCUGGAGAUAUUACAGUUGUGAUUGAGAAGCAACAGAAUGAUGAGCAGAUCAUUGAUGAACUGCAAAGUGAGGUGAAGCAGCUUGAGGCUAUUAAUUCUCGGUUGUGGUUUGAAGCUGCUGAAGUUUCAGGGAGACUUGGAGAUGCACAAAUGAAUUUGGACAGACUGAAAAAGAUACUGAAAGAUAAGGACGUUGCACAAGAAUGCAUGUCUUCAGCAGUCGUUGCACAUGCUUUGAAAAAUCAAACUGCCACAAAAGAUGCAGAGGAUCAAACUUUGGAUACGCCCAGUGAAAUAAAAGCAAAAGAGGCUGAGAGCUCCAUCCUCGCCUGCAAGAAAAUGAAUGCUGAAAUAAAGUAUUUAGUGGAAACAAUCAACAGGCAGAAGCAAGAAAUUGACUCUUUAUCUAAGAACAAUGAUGAAUUGCUUAAACGGCAUGACGGUGAAAAUGCCAAGAAUGAAAAGAUAGAAGAAAUGUUGAAGAAUCACAAAGAGAGGAUGAUUGAGGAUCAAAAGGUACUCUAUGAAGCAAAUUGUGAUAAGCACAAGGUUGUGAAGUUAAUGGAAGAGCAGCGAAGCGUGAUGAAAUGUGUGGCUGAGUCCAACAUGGCUUCUCUAAGUGAUGCACUUCAGACGCUGGAAACUGUCUUCGAGGAACAUUGCAAGGCUAUCCAGAGGCAACUAUCUAACUGCACCGAAGGGAUUCAAAUGGUACUGUCACUGCUUCGUGGGAAUAAAAGUACCACAGAUGAGAAUGAUAGGUUGAUAAUUAAGUUUUUGUCCACAUAUAUAGUAAAUGUGGUCUUGCACGACACGAAUCGCAAAAUAAAAGAGAGGCUGGAAGAAGAUGAAAGACUGUUAGAGAAGCAUUCGCAAUCUCAGCAUAAAUUGGAGAGACUGAAGAAUAAGGUGGUGGCAAGGGAAAAGGAAUUAGCAGCUAGGGGGGAGAAGAUGGAUGAGGAUAUAAACCAGUUGAACAAUGCUGUCAACUACUACCGUGAAAGAUUCGAUCAGCUUUACAACAAUUACUAUGGAAGAGAAGGGCGUUCAGCAUAUGAUCUAUGCUAAAAUGCCCAUAUUCUUUCGUCGGUAUUCACCAGUUCUGAGGAUGUAAGAAGAUGAUGAGAGAGAUUUGAUCUUUGAUAAUGUUCCUUGGAGAAUUUUCCCACAUAUUGAGUGCUCUGAUUCGUGACUCCAAGGUGCCUGAGUAAUUCCCAGUUUCGUCAGCUUUCAAAUUUAGCACUAACUUUUCACGAGCCUGAGUUGUAUGAUUUGCAUUACAUCAGUCUUAGUAACAAAUCGUGAUAAAGAAAUGAAAGAACUAUACUUUUG